AUGUCUGACAUCAAGAACGUUAUUCUUGUUGGUGCCACUGGCAAUCUUGGCCCAUCUGUCCUCGACGCCCUCCGGGCGUCAUCGUUCAAUGUCACAGUUCUCGAACAGCACACAUUGUCAUCAAUAUUUCCCUCCGACGUGAAGGUCAUCCGCGCAGACUACGAUGCCCCCGACGCACUCAGGAGCGCAUUCCAAGGCCAGGAUGCUGUAGUCCUCACGGUAGGAGCCCCCGCCAUCCCCGACCAACCUCGAUACAUCGACGCCGCCAUCGCGGCAGGCGUGAAGCGUUUCAUCCCCAGCGAAUUCGGAAGCAACACGCAGAAUCCCAGGGCCCUCGAGCUCGUCCCCGCUUUCGGCGUGAAGAACGGCGUUGUCGAUUACCUCAUCAGCAAGCAGGAUGCCAUUUCGUGGACUGGUAUCAUCACGGGUCCUUUCAUUGACUGGGCUAUGAACUCUGGAUUGUUGGGCUACAAUGCUGCUACCAAGACUGUGACUCUUAUCGAUGAGGGAACGGGGGAGAUCUCCUGCACGCCGCUUCGACAGGUCGGCGAGGCCGUGGUUAAGUCGCUGGAGAAUGCUGACUUGACCAAAAACCAAAUCGUCUACGUCUCAUCGUUCCAGACUUCACAGGUGGAAAUCCUGUCGACGGUCGAGAAGCUGACAGGAGAGAAAUGGACCGUCAAACAUAUUACUAGCAAAGAGCUGUUCGCCAUCGGUCACAAGAAGCUCAGCCAAGGGGACAAGAAAGCCGGAACCAGUGCGCUUAUCAAAGCUGCCGAGUUCAGCUCGGAGAACCUAGGGGACCAUGCAUCAGAGGGUCUCUGGAAUGAGAAGCUGGGGUUGAAAAAGGAGAGUUUCGAAGAGGCGAUCAAGGCUGGGCUUGCGGGUCAGGUUCUUUCCCUUUGA